GUCUGUUCUAGGUACCGGGAGAAGCCGGCCCUCCCCCUUUAUUUCAGCACCACCCCAGGAGCUAUGCUGGUGCUCAGCUUACUGUGACCCCCCAUACAGGCCUCAGGAUACUAACCUCCGGGGGAGCGGCCCACACUCACCCUCGGAAACCUGCACAUUAACCGGCCGGAGCCAAGCCAGGCCGGGCCGCCCCGAACACACCGCUUCCCCUCCUCUUUUCUUCUGUGUGGUUCACACAAAGCUGUAUUGAUGGUGUAGCACAUCAGGGGAGGAUCACUUACAAAGAAUCUGAAAAGUUUUUUCCCCCCUGAUUUCUAUGGCAACCAUCAGUCCCUGCCCACGUGUCAGAUGAUAAAGCAUUGGCCAAGAGCUUUUUGAAGCACUGGGGUUGUUGGAGUGGUCCAAUUUUUCCUGGAACUGCGUGAUAAAUUCAGAAGACUGAAGCCCAGGCUCACUGUCUACCUUUCACGGAGGCCCAGCCGUGAGAGGACAGAAGAAGGCACGUGGCGAAUCAUGACGGCCGACAAGGAAAAAGAUAAAGACAAGGACCGGGAUAGAGAGAGAGAGAAACGGGACAAGACCCGCGAUGGGGAGAACUCUAGACCCCGGCGCAGCUGCACUCUCGAAGGUGGUGCCAAGAACUACGCCGAGAGCGACCACAGUGAGGAUGAGGACAAUGAGAACAAUGGUGCGACGGCUGAGGAGGCUGCCAAGAAAAACAAGAAGAAGCUUCCAAAGAAGAAGUCGCGCUAUGAAAGGUCUGUUAAUGGGGAGAUCACUUCGUAUGUCACGGAGGACGAUGUGGUCUACAGACCUGGAGAUUGUGUAUAUAUUGAAAGUAGACGACCCAACACUCCAUACUUCAUCUGUAGCAUUCAAGACUUCAAAUUGAGUAAGAGAGACCACCUCUUGAUGAAUGUGAAGUGGUAUUAUCGUCAGUCUGAGGUGCCGGACUCGGUCUACCAGCACUUGGUACAAGAUCGACACAAUGAGAACGAUUCCGGCCGAGAGUUGGUCAUCACAGACCCCGUCAUCCGGAACCGAGAGCUCUUCAUCUCGGAUUACGUUGACACUUACCAUGCUGCUGCUUUAAGGGGGAAAUGCAACAUCUCCCAUUUCUCAGAUAUAUUUGCUGCUCGGGAGUUUAAAGCUAGGAUUGACUCCUUUUUCUAUAUACUGGGAUACAAUCCAGAGACUAGGAGGCUGAAUAGCACCCAAGGGGAGAUCCGAGUCGGGCCGAGUCACCAGGCCAAGCUUCCCGAUCUGCAGCCUUUCCCAUCUCCGGACCGUGAGGCAAUCACCCAGCAUGAGGAGCUGGUGUGGAUGCCGGGGGUUAAUGAUUGUGACCUGCUGAUGUACCUGCGGGCAGCCAGGAGUAUGGCUGCCUUUGCCGGGAUGUGUGAUGGAGGAUCUACAGAAGAUGGAUGUGUUGCUGCUUCUCGGGAUGACACUACGCUCAAUGCGCUUAACACACUACAUGAAAGCAACUAUGAUGCAGGGAAGGCCUUGCAGCGAUUGGUGAAGAAGCCGGUACCCAAACUCAUCGAGAAGUGCUGGACAGAGGACGAAGUGAAAAGGUUCAUCAAAGGCCUGCGACAAUACGGCAAGAACUUCUUCAGGAUUAGGAAAGAACUCCUUCCAAGCAAAGAGACGGGUGAACUUAUCACUUUCUAUUACUACUGGAAGAAAACCCCUGAAGCCGCCAGCUCCCGUGCCCACCGCCGACACCGAAGGCAGGCUGUCUUCCGCAGGAUCAAAACGCGCACUGCAACAACCCCGGUGAACACUCCCUCCCGACCUCCAUCUAGUGAAUUCUUGGACUUAAGCUCGGCAAGUGAAGAUGAUAUUGACAGUGAGGACAGCGAGCAGGAGCUGAAAGGUUAUGCCUGCCGCCACUGCUUCACGACCACUUCUAAGGACUGGCACCACGGCGGCCGAGAAAACAUUCUCCUGUGCACAGACUGUAGGAUUCAUUUCAAGAAAUACGGAGAGUUGCCACCCAUUGAGAAGCCUGUGGACCCCCCACCAUUCAUGUUCAAGCCUGUCAAGGAGGAAGAGGAUGGGCUCAAUGGAAAGCAUAGUAUGAGGACUCGGAGGAGCAGAGGCUCGAUGUCCACACUACGCAGCGGGCGUAAAAAGCAGACUGCCAGCCCUGACGGCAGGGUUUCCCCUAUAAAUGAAGACAUACGUUCCAGUGGUCGCAAUUCUCCAAGUGCUGCCAGCACAUCCAGUAAUGAUAGCAAAGCGGAGUCAUUAAAGAAACCUUCAAAGAAGAUUAAAGAAGAAACGUCAUCCCCUCUGAAGAGUGCCAAACGACAAAGAGAAAAGCCAGCCUCUGAUACAGAAGAGGCAGACCAGGCCAGUGUUAAAAAAUCCAAAACACAAGAGAUCAGUAGACCAAACUCUCCAUCAGAAGGAGAGGGGGAGGGAGAAGGAGAUGGGGAGGGUGAAGGGGAGAGCUCAGACAGCCGUAGCGUCAAUGAUGAGGGCAGCAGCGAUCCAAAAGACAUUGAUCAGGAUAACCGCAGCACCUCUCCUAGCAUUCCUAGUCCACAGGACAACGAAAGUGAUUCUGAUUCCUCGGCCCAGCAACAGCUGCUACAGCCACAAAAUGGAGCACCAACAAUGGUGCCUCCCCCUGUGUCUCCUGGACCUCUCCCACAAGUUCUCCCUCCGGCUCAUAGUGUAGCACCUGCUCAAAUAUCGCCAUCUCCAUCCCUUCCUACAUCCCAGCCUCCUCAGCCUCCGUCACUUUCACUUGUUCAGACUCCAGUCUUGCAUCCUCAGAGGCUUCCAUCUCCACAUCCAGCCAUACAACCUCUUGCUGGGUCACAAGGAGAACCACAACCACCAACUCCUGCCCAGAUUCAUCCCCAGUCACCACACCAAGGGCCAGUAACCUCCCUGCCCCACGGCAUGCCAGCACAGCCCAUUCUGCAAUAUCCUGGUUCUUCUCCACCUCAAUCCUGUCCUUCUCAGGUCUCUCCGUUGCCUCAACCUCCAUCUCAUGCUUUCCCUCAUAAUACUCAGGGACCACCGACCUCUCAGCCUGCCAUACAAACACCCUCUCAACCACCGCGUGAGCAGUCUUUGCCUCCAGCACCCUUAGCCAUGCCUCACAUCAAACCACCACCCACCACCCCUAUUCCUCAGACUCCUACCCCAUCCCACAAACAUCCUCCUCAUUUACAAGGACCGUCUCCAUUCUCAAUGAAUACCAACUUACCACCACCACCUGCUCUUAAGCCUCUCAGUUCUCUGCCUACUCACCACCCUCCUUCUGCUCACCCUCCACCCCUGCAGCUUAUGCCACAGAGCCAGCAACUUCAGGUGACUGCAGCACAGCUGCCAGUGCUGACUCAAAGCCAAAGCCUUCCGCAGACACCUGGACACUCACAAACGGGGCUUCAUCCCAUACCUCCUCAGCCUCCUUUUCCACAACACUCAUUUACACCUGGUGGUCCACCAUCGAUUACUCCACCAACUUGUGCUCGUGCUCCUACUCCAUCCUCGUUGCCUGCAGUUUCCCCAAGUCUCCAGCCUCCUCCUACUGUCACAACGUCUACAGCUCCUACAGGAGUUUGCAUUCCUGUAGUGUCCCCAUCUCCCAAUCCGCCUCCCCUGCCACCUAUACAGAUAAAAGAAGAGGCACCUGAUGAAAUCGAAGAGCCUGAAAGUCCUCCACUUCCACCUCGAAGUCCUUCUCCCGAACCAACUGUGGUUGAUGCACCUAGUCACGCCAGCCAGUCUGCAAGGUUUUACAAACAUCUAGAUCGGGGCUACAACUCUUGUGCAAGAACAGACCUGUACUUCAUCCCCUUGGGUGGCUCAAAGUUGGCUAAGAAAAGAGAGGAAGCAGCAGAAAAAGCAAAGCGCGAAGCAGAGCAGAAAGUCAGAGAGGAAAGGGAACGAGAAAAGGAGAAAGAAAAAGAGAAGGAAAGAGAACGAGAAAGGGAGAGAGAAGCUGAAAGAGCAGCGCAGAAGGCAUGCUCCUCACAUGAUGGCCGCCUUGGAGAUUCUCAGUUCGGUGGUCCAGUUCAUAACCGACCUUCUUUUGAGCCACCAACCACCAUAGCUGCUGUCCCACCAUACAUUGGUCCCGACACACCGGCCCUUCGCACCCUAAGUGAAUAUGCUCGACCACACGUCAUGUCCCCCACCAACCGUAACCACCCAUUCUUUGUCCCUCUUAACCCGAAUGACCAACUUUUGGCUUACCAUAUGCCAGGUUUAUAUAACAUGGACCCAAGCAUGAGGGAAAGAGAGUUACGGGAGAGGGAAAUGCGGGAACGUGAAAUCCGUGAGCGGGAGCUACGGGAGAGGAUGAAACCAGGCUUUGAGGUGAAACCCCCUGAGAUGGAUCAGCUCCAUCCUGCCACUAACCCCAUGGAACAUUUUGCAAGGCAUGGUGCACUCACCAUUCCUCAAACGGCAGGACCACACCACUUCGCUUCUUUCCACCCUGGCUUGAACCAUCUUGAGAGGGAAAGAAUAGCUCUGGCAGGACCGCAAUUACGGCCAGAAAUGAGUUACCCAGAAAGACUGGCAGCUGAACGGAUACACGCAGAGCGCAUGGCAUCGCUUGCUAAUGAUCCUUUGGCCAGGCUCCAGAUGUUCAACGUCACGCCUCAUCAUCACCAACACUCUCACAUACAUUCACACCUCCAUCUCCAUCAGCAGGACCCAUUACAUCAAGACUGCUGCUGUAACUCUAAAUCUUGGCCAGGCGUGGCUGAAAACGGGACAUGUGUUCCAGUCCACUUUCCUGGGGCAGGCGGCCCGAUGCAUCCGCUGGUGGACCCGUUGGGUGCGGGGCCUCACCUGGCACGUUUCCCGUAUCCCCCCGGAGCCAUCCCAAACCCCCUAUUGGGACAGCCGCCGCAUGAACAUGAAAUGCUGCGACACCCAAUGUUUGGUACCCAUUACCCCCGGGAUUUGCCGCCUCCGAUGUCUGCUGCCCAUCAGCUUCAGGCGAUGCAUGCACAGUCCGCUGAACUGCAGCGGUUGGCGAUGGAGCAGCAGUGGUUACACGGUCACCCUCACAUGCACGGAGGGCACUUACCCAGCCAAGAAGAUUACUACAGCCGGCUGAAGAAAGAAGGAGACAAGCAGCUGUAAAUGGGAAGUGUGGCUUUUCCAUGGGAGAGCCAGGCUCCAAACAGACCUCCCAGAAGUUGCAACAUACUUUCCCUUUGUAAGACUUGUCACAUACUGCCCUUCAUCUGUAAAGGAGACUCCUCCAAGCCGGCCCCUGCAUGCCACCUUCUUCCCACAGCCUUGGGAGGGAGCAGGUUUGGAGGACGAUGUGGGAGAACUUAUCGGACACUUGGAGCAGUUUCCCCCCCAUUUUAUAACACCUCAUACUCCAGGGGUGCUGAAACCAUACACUCACUGUGUGCGAAUCAAGACAGAGACUUAUAUACGCCGGCACCCAAGGAUCCCUGGUGCUGUGACACAGAUUAACUCUUUAUUUUAUUACAUCAGCAGAAGGCCCGCGCCAUUGUACAAAGUUGCCCAGUUCUGCCCGCAAUCUGUAUAUAUGUUACUAAGCAAAGACUAGAGGAAACGUUUCCGCUGAGACCCCCUGUUUGUCCCUGCGUUGCAGUUACUACAUGUGAAUUCAAGCCUGCCACUGACGGGUUUCUGUUAACCGCUUCACUGCUGGCGGGAUUUUAGGCCUUCGUCCCUCGGUAGCUAAGCAGUUA